CCCCAAAUGGUAACCAAAUUAUAGUGAAUGAAGUGAUUAUUGGAGAAGAAGACAAUUCUACGACCAUUUGUGAGCAGAUAUUUCGCGACAAAUUAAACCCAACGUAUGUCUUGGAUGUGACGGAAUCGGCAAAGACUUCACCGAAAGUAAAGAAUUUGGUCCGAGAGAUGGGAAUUGCAACCAUUUCUACGACCUAUCAGUUGGGGUCAGGGAUAACACACUGGAGAAACUUAGAUGACAAUGAAAAGCAGUAUUUAAUUCACGUGAACCAACCCGGAGAUACCAUUCCGUUGAUGGUUAAAGAUUUGGCCAUUCAUUACAACUACAAAACUAUUCUUGUCUAUUAUGACCAAUCAUUUCCAUUGGAUCACAAACAGAAGACAUUACUGGUCAAUACAAAGACCAAACAUGUGAUCAGACUUCUGGAGGGCACGACUGUGGAGCAGUACUCAAGACAAUUGGCAGAUAUAAAGAAAGCAAAACUACAAAACUAUAUCAUAUUUGGAUCAAUUGACACAUUGAAUAAAGUGAUAGAAGCGGCAAAUGAAAAUGAAAUGUUUGAUAAGCAGAACAAAUGGCACUUUGUUACUAAAACAAAAGGCAAACUAAUGUGCAAUACAUGCAAGAAAAUAGAGGUUAUGUUUUCACAACCGCUUAAGACUCGUCUACACGACUACGAGUUGAACACAACUCUUGAGAACAUCGAUAAUACAGAUAAAGUUGACUCUUAUUUCUACCACGACUUGACUCGAUUCACACUUGAAAUGGUUGACGACCUGAUAAACACUUCUUGGCCACAAUCCAUCACUUUUCCUAAAUGUGGAAAACAUACGGACAAAGAGCAGAGGGCAGAGAGGGUUGGCUGGGGUUUGGCCCAACACUUGACCAAUGAGUUGAUGUACGGAAUGUUCGGUCGAUUCGUGUUCGGCUCGUAUAAGAUCGGCAAUAAUUACCAGGAGAUCAGUAUGAGAACCAAUAAAGUGGUCAUAUCUGCCGAUUCCAAGAACAAGAACACGAAGAUCUCUGAAUGGGAAUACGAAGGACACACCGGAACUCUCGUCUUCUCGUCGGCUGUCGAGCGACUGUCUGCCGGAGAAACCUCCGCCAAACCUCACUAUAGGAUCGUUACCAUUAUUCAACCGCCAUUCGUAAUGAAAAAUCCCGACAACAAGUCUGAAGGAAAAGACGCUUAUUAUGGCUAUUGUAUUGAUUUGCUCGAAGAAAUACUGAAUCACACUGAACCAGUUCAGUUAUUCACUUAUGAAAUAUAUACAACUAAUGAGUUUGGCAGAAAAGAUCCCAAUGAUGACAAAAAAUGGACCGGGAUGAUUGGGGAAUUACAUGAAAAUAAAUCAGAUAUAGCUUUGGGACCAAUAUCGGUGAUGGCAGAGCGAGAAACAGUGGUUGACUUCACGGUCCCGUACUAUGAUUUGGUGGGAAUCACUAUUCUCAUGAAGAAGCCCUCAGUUCCGUCACAUUUGUUCAAAUUCUUGACAGUAUUGGAGACCAACGUAUGGCUCUGCAUAUUAGCCGCUUAUUUCUUCACUUCAUUCCUAAUGUAUUUGUUCGACCGCUUGAGUCCAUACAGCUAUCACAACAACAAAGAGAAAUAUAAAGACGACGACGAGAAGAGGGAAUUCACUCUUAAGGAAUGUCUUUGGUUUUGCAUGACUUCUCUGACCCCCCAGGGAGGCGGUGAAGCGCCGCGCAACCUAUCGGGUCGUUUGGUGGCGGCCACCUGGUGGCUCUUCGGCUUCAUUAUCAUCGCCUCAUAUACGGCUAAUUUGGCCGCUUUUCUCACGGUUUCCCGUUUGGAUUCACCCAUUGAAUCGUUGGAUGAUUUGGCCAAACAGUACAAAAUCAAAUACGCGCCCCAAGAAGGCACGUCUUCGAGCACUUACUUCGAGAGAAUGGCCGGCAUUGAGGAAAGAUUUUACGAGAUUUGGAAAGACAUGUCUCUGAAUGACAGCCUCAGUGAGAACGAGAGGGCAAAACUGGCCGUUUGGGACUAUCCUGUCAGCGAUAAGUACACCAAAAUAUGGGCUCAAAUACAAGAAGCAAAGCAACCGAAGUCGUGGUUCGAAGGCGUCGAAAAAGUGAAGACUUCCUCAAAACCUAACGAAGGGUUCGCUUUCAUAGCGGAGGCGACGAUGAUUAAGUACGCGGUGAUGACCAACUGUGACCUCCAGAGUGUGGGCAAUGAGUUCAGUCGCAAACCAUUAGCUCUGGCCGUUCGGCAGAACUCUGAUCUGAAGGACAAGUUGAGUAGUGCUAUACUAAAGCUGUUGAACCAAAGGAGGUUGGAGUCGUUGAAGGAGAAGUGGUGGAACAAAAACCCCGAGAAAAAGGACUGUCAGGACACUAAGAAACAGAGCGAUGGCAUCAGUAUUAACAAUAUCGGUGGUGUGUUUAUAGUGAUAUUCAUAGGGGUGGUGUUGGCCUGUAUAACACUGGCCAUCGAGUACUGGUAUUUCAAAGGCAAGAGAGACGGCUCUAAAGUGGUUGCCAUUAAAGAGUACGGAAAUGCUGUGCGAAACGCACACAACGGCUCCGGUCCUAUGGGACACAUGGGUCACGCAAUGCCACCCAUGGGUCCUACGAUGGGUCCCAUGGCUAUCAGACACUGAGUCCUCGAUAUUUGUGUUGCAAUUCAUAAAUUCUAUGUUUUCACUAAUAAAUGCAUAUUUUUGUAAAGUUUAUAACUUUUCAAAAGAAUCCAAAAAUUAGUUACUGUAUACUUUACGUUACUUUAUUUUCAUAUUUAAUAAUUAAUCUAAAAAUUUAAGCCUCAAUAACAAACUCAAAAAAUAACUCAAUUCUAUUACUGUACC